AUGGUUGUUGGACAAAACGGUGCCGCCAAUCAAGAAGAAUCUGUUUAUAAUCUUGUUCCACGCACAGAAAUACGUGCACCAAAAGCGCAAAGAUAUGAGUCAACAUUUAAAAAAGCUGCUACAGAAAGUCUGAAUAAAGGAAAAUAUCCACAUCGCACCAUGGGAUAUGCUGAAGAACCAUUACCACAAUCCGAAAAUUUUUUGAAAAAACAUGAAAAAGAAAAAAGAUUACCAGAAGUCAAAGAAACAACAACAAAAAUAGACCGUAAUGAAAUAAGAAAACCGGCCGUACCAACUAAAAAUGAUAUCCCCAAAAUGGGUGUGAAAACAGAAAAAAAUUUUAUUCAAUCAAACGCUUUAGAUGCAGUUAUGGCCGUACCGAGAAAACCUGAAAGAAAUCUCGUUGAUGAUCGAUUUGGUGACAAUUUUCCUGUAGAUCCAAGUGGUUUAGUGCCAAAAUAUUUGAAGAAGAAAGAUUUUGGAGAAGUUCCCGUGUACAUAAAAAAACGUCAAGAAGAUAUGAAAAAAGCUCAAGAUGAAUAUAGCUCAUAUGUGACAGACUAUUUUCGACGUGGUGCAAUGAGAGAAAUGGGUGAUAGUGAACGACGUUCAGUUAUUGAUGGAUUGAAAAAGCAAUGGGAAGAUGUUCAUCAUGAAUAUCAAACAUUAUCAGUGCUUAUAGAUACAAUACCGAAACGUCAACGAAAAGAACGUUUAGAGCAUGAAAUGCAAUUAUUAGAAAAAGACAUUGAUUUGCUCGAAAAACAUCAGGUUAUUUAUAUCGCUGAUUAA